AUGGCGUACUAUCGUUGCGUCCCGCUUAUCAUGCUUGUCAUGUUUUAUAUGGUGAGGGCUGAUCCAGACACAAGCGAGCUAGAAUAUCAUUGUAACAAUGCUGUCUAUGAUCCUAAUAGUGGCUACAGAGCAAGCGUCGACGAUACUCUCAGGGAUGUAGUUGCUAACACAGCGGAUAAAGCUUAUGAUUAUUAUACGUCUCAUCCAGCUCCGGACAACCAAAUCGUGUAUGGUCAUGGAGCUUGCAAUGGAGCACUUUCGCAUGUGGACUGUCAGGCUUGUGUCAGCUACGCUUUCCCCAAGCUAAUAAAUCAUUGCGCGUAUUCAGUAGGGGCUCAGAUUAAGGUGAAAGAUUGUAGAAUGAGUGGUGCUCCAGAUACGGGCGAAGUAUAUCACAUUUGUGGCGACAAGUAUGAUGUUAAUACUGGCUACAAAGAGAGUCUGAAUUAUGUUCUAACUGAUAUUGUGGCUCAGACUGCGGACUGGGGGUACGACUACUACACCACAUCUCCAAAUCCCGGUAAUCUCGCCUAUGGUCAUGGAGCUUGCAAAGGGGAAAUUCAACCCGUCGAUUGCAAGGCGUGCCUAGGUGUUGCAUUCCCCCAGAUAUUGGACAUAUGUCCUACUCGAUAUGGAGCUCAGCUUCAGCUUAGGGACUGUAGGAUACGGUAUGAAGCUUACGCAUUUGUAGACAAUGAAUAA